GCAGCGGAAGCCCCCCACCGUCGUCAGCCGAGCCGAGCGCUAUCCCAUUCCAAUUCCAACCGCUCCGACCCCGAGUGGGGAACGGGGAAUAGAUCCUCCGCGACGGGCACAGCUUCCACUGCAGAAUUUAGAACCUAUCCCACCCCUCGCAGCACGCAAUCAACCAACGAUACACACUCGAUCACGCGUGCCGAGAACUGAACCCCGGAGAAAUCAGCGCCAAAGCCUCCAUUUUUUUAGUGCCGCAAAGCCACUUCUCGGCCGCCGCUGCGGGCUAUCAGUUGCAUAGCAUAGUUUAGAUUAGCUUCCCCACCUUCACAUGCUCCGCGUCUCUCCCACGGCAAUCCCGGCCAAUCUCGCCCUCCAGAUUAGCCGAUUUCCAGGGCUCCGAUCCUGCGGUUCGGUAACGCCCCUUGCUGACGACGCUCUCUGCUUUCCCUUGGCCUGCCAUAACUCGCUGCUGCCGUUCGCGACCAGCCAUUAAUGGCGAGGGGGAGUUACGACUCGCUCUGAACCUCUCUCUUUCUGUCUGAUCCGGCGGGCGUUCCGUCCCUUUUCCUCGGCCGGUUGUUUCUUAGCUUGCAUGCGUAGGCGCAGGCAGCCGGGCAUGGAAGGAAACUGUAGCGCCAGUGACGCGUUGUCGAGAGGGUCUACUCCGUCUCCAAAGCCUUCGCCGUCGUGUUAAUGGAAAGAGACGAGUGUUGCGAGGAGUAAAGGCGGCAGCUUUUCCCUUAUUUUCUCUUCCGUUCUGGAAGAAGUCAAGCCGCCUCCCCUCUCGUCUCGUAUCCGUCCUCGUCUUCUCUUCCCUGGCCGGCCAUCGAGCUUCCGCCUGGGCUCACCGUUUGCCCCUCCAUCUCCUUGCUCGUUUUGGGGUGCUGUUAGGCGGAGAAAAGCUGAGCGCUUUGUCUCUUCCGCUCUGUUCUAGCAAGUGGCAGUGUCCUGCCUCGGCUUGAUGCUCCUGUUGGUCGUUCCCGUUGAGAGCGGCUUGGUUUUAGUAGGUCCUGGGUCCUCUUUCACCUAAUCUUGUUUCUAGUUUCGGUUGGUGAGUCAUCGGCUAGCUCUUGUUGGUUAGCCCAGUUCUUCUUGGACUGGAGUAUAUAAUCUCCCGGCCGUCUUCUUCUUCUUCUGUUCUUGUGUGCUCUUCACAUUGGCCCAUCAGUCUCCCUGCUCCUUCCAAGGCGAACUCUGCUCGGAUCAAGAAGAGGAGAGCUCCUCUGUGCUGGGAGGUUGGGAGGCAGUGCUUUCCUUCCGGCGAGCCUUGGAUGCUGCCUGUCGAUCUUUGAGCUUUAGGCAAAACCUUAGAUGCCUUAUUGGUGGAUGGAGUGUACCCCAUGAAUCACACGAAGGCAGUGUUGAUGUGUGGUGUAACUGCCAUUUAUAAGGUGCUUACUGCUUAGUACUACUCGAGAGGAGUUAAUGUGCCGAGGACAGAGGUUAGAUACUUCCAUUAGGAGGAAGUGAUUAAAGACUUGUUUGACUGCAUUCUCCAUAUCUUUUAGUUCUUGAGCAGAGAUGGAACUUGUAUACAUGGAUAGGAGAAAUGGAUUACAUGAUGAGGGUGCAAUUCCAGAGUUCAGUGGAAGGGCAGAAGAAGACCAAGACCUGACUAUUGCUGCAUCUGAGGUUCAGCCUGAUUUGAGUCAGAUAAACAACAAGAAGCCAUUGACGUCAGAUGAGAAGAAAAGCAAGAGCUGCCAGUCAUGCCACAAGUCACCAUGUUUGUGCUGUGGUGACGCACACCAUGCGGAUUUGUUCCCUGCACUUCCUGCCAAGAUGAUGAUCUUGGAGUUUCUCAUCAGAAGCCUGAGGCACCCAACAAGAACCCAUAAUGUCACUGAUCUUGACGACUUGAUCACUGAUGGGGUCAGCCAAGGAAGUGUAAAUCUUGGCCCUUCCGAGAAAAAGGUGCUGGACUCUUUGCAUGCUCUUGUAAAUGCAAAGACAAGACCGAAAAGCCCAUCGCCUUUCCUGGCAGGAUCAAAAAUGAGAAAAACUCGGUCAAAAUCCCACAUUAUUACACAGUCAGAAAUACUGAAGCUUAUAUCUCCUGAGACAUGGGAAACCUCCUCCCCUGGGACAUCUCCAAUGAAUAAAGGCACAGCUGAGGUCCACAUCCAUGAGAAGACGUCACCCUCAUGCUCGCAUAUGACAUCUAUGAGCUCAAAUCAGCCUGUCCUAUCACACUGCCCAUCAUCUCUUAGUGCAGGCCUUCUACAAUGCAUUUGGAAGGAUGGGCUGCCUCAUUUUGAAUUGUCACUGGACGAUCCCAUUGCAGUAUACACUGCAAACCCAAUCAAGGUACAGGACAAUGACAGGGCCCUUGACUAUGUCUACAUGAUCCAUUCUGGAGAGCAAGGAAGAAAAGAUUGGAUGGGCCACUCAAGCAAUGUGUCCAGACUUGUGGGCAAGAUCAAGGUGUCAAGUUCUUUAGUGCUAAACUCAGACAAGUCAAGUCUUUUGGAAACUGAGUUUGUGCUGUAUGGUUCUCCAGAUGACUAUCUGAGGCAAAUGCAUAGUUCCUAUAGUGUUCCAAAAGGAAAGGGACUAGUCAAGAGAGUGACAGAAAUUAUGAGAACAGGACAUGUUUCCUCUAGUCCUAAACAUCCCUGGAAGUUUGGCAAAUCCUUCUCUCAUCAGUUCGACGACUUAACUGAAAUACUCGAAGGUGAAAUGAUCAGUGCUAGAGAAUCGGGCCUGACAAACCUCGACGCUGAGGAUCAACCGACCAACCAAGAGUUGGCAGCAAUUGUGGUCAAGGAACAACGACAAAAACGCCAGAAAGAGCCUGUGGUCGGUGGCUGGGGCUUGAAGUUCCUUGAGAAAGCAGGAUUAAAUCAUUCAGAAGGCACUGAAGUUUCUGAUGUUCAGAACAGAAAUGGUGCUGCAAAAUGUAUAACUGCCAUUGUUCCCAGAGGUUAUCACGGCGGCGCUGUUCCGAAGUGCAGUGGCCCAUCAGGUCUCAUUGAGAGAUGGAGAUCUGGAGGAUGCUGUGAUUGCGGUGGAUGGGAUCUUGGCUGCCCCAUCAGAGUGCUGAACAAUGAUGGAUGUGCCUCCUUGCCUGAAGAAGAGUCACAGGAGAGCAGAGCAGUAGAGCUGUCAAUCAAGGGCGCGAGGAAGCAGACAAUGUUAAGGCUUGUCAACAUCACGGAGGACCUGUACAUCUUGUACUUCGAUUCGGGUCUUUCACCAUUGCAAUGCUUCUCAACGGGGAUAGCAAUUGUGCACAGCCAAGCACCACAGCUAUGCCCAAAACUGUGAAUGGCAAAGCUUGGUAUAGCACUAUGAAGAUGUAAAUAGAUAAGUAGAGAUAGAAAUAUUCCACAUUUAUACAGUAGAUUCGUUGACUCAAUCCAUGCCAAGAUGACAACGGUGAUGUGUGAAAACUAUGCCAUGUGUAUUCCACAUUUACUAACUAUUAAAUCAAGAUGGAUUUGUGGCAAGGGAGGUUA